AUGAAGGUUUCCAAAUGUCCCAAUGAUACACUUGCACUAACAAAUUGUCUGAUCGUUUCUCCAAAAGAUUUUCCUCAAUCUGUCCGCUAUGUAAUUGUCGACGGAACCUUCGUAUUUACCAUAAGGCAGGACGAAAAACAACAAUCUCAACAAAUUGGUACCUCUUAUGCUCACCGUCGUUGGGCAUCUUUCUCCUUAGGCCAGGAGGUUUCGGUCGUCCCAUACGAUCCUUCUUCUGAGAGUCCAUUCAUUUAUAUAGUUAAAUUAGAUGUGGAAGUAGGAUUCCUAAGAAGGACUACAGAGAUAAAAGAACAUUUUGAUACUGUGGAGAUGUCAAAGAUAUAUUGUCAGUUAUUCAACAAUCAAAUUCUUACUGUGGGUCAGCAACUUGUCUUCGAUUUCCAUGGUAUCAACCUUCAAGUUGUUGUGAAAAACAUUCAUGUGGCCGACCAGUUAACCAUUUCUAAAAUAAUAAGUGGCGAAAAAAUUGAUUCAAGUACAGGAGAUGGAGGACUACACGUUGGCGUUCGUGGUGUAUUAACGCAACAAACUGCAGUGCAUUGGUCAAAAGCUGCGGAUUCAUCGAUAAUAUUGCAGGGUUCAAAAAAAAGUGCAGCCCAAAAUUCUAUAAUUCAACCUGAUUUUAAGUUCGAAGAUAUGGGAAUUGGUGGUUUGGAUAGUGAGUUCAGUGCCAUAUUUCGUCGUGCGUUUGCGUCAAGGAUAUUUCCUCCUAAUUUGGUAGAAAAACUUGGCAUUCAGCAUGUCAAAGGGAUCCUUCUUUUUGGACCUCCUGGAACUGGUAAAACAUUGAUGGCGAGACAAAUCGGCAAGAUGCUUAAUGCUCGUGAGCCAAAAAUAGUUAAUGGACCGGAAAUCUUAAACAAAUAUGUUGGUCAAUCCGAAGAAAAUAUUCGAAAACUUUUCGCAGAAGCGGAAAAGGAAUAUAAGGAUAAAGGAGAAGAUUCUGGUUUACAUAUUAUUAUAUUUGAUGAAUUAGAUGCUAUUUGCAAACAACGUGGUAGCAAAAAUGAUGGAACCGGUGUUGGUGAUAGUAUUGUUAAUCAGUUACUUGCAAAGAUGGAUGGUGUAGAACAGUUGAACAAUAUCCUCAUCAUUGGCAUGACAAAUAGGUUAGAUAUGAUUGACGAGGCAUUGCUACGUCCCGGGAGAUUGGAAGUGCAUAUGGAAAUUGGAUUACCAGAUGAGGGUGGUAGAAUGCAAAUUUUAAAAAUUCAUACAUCCAAGAUGAGGACAAAUAACAUAAUGGAUUCCGAUGUGGACCUCAAUGAACUUGCCAGUUUAACUAAAAAUUUUAGCGGUGCGGAAAUUAAUGGUCUUGUUAAGAGCGCUAGUUCAUUUGCGUUUAAUAGGCAUGUCAAGGUUGGGACGCUUUCCGGCGUAACACCAGAUAUGGAAAACAUGAAGGUCAAUCGAAACGAUUUUUUGUCUGCUUUGGAUGAAGUGCGUCCUGCAUUUGGUAUCAGUGAGGAAGAAUUAGAACAAUGCGUGCAGAAUGCGAUAAUUAAAUUUGCACCCUUUGUUGAGAGAAUUUUAUCGGACGGACAAUUAUUCAUUGAUCAAGUUAAGAAUAGCUCUCGGACACCAUUAGUUAGCGUUCUCUUACAUGGUCCUCCUGGUAAUGGUAAGACUGCUUUGGCAGCAACACUGGCAAUGUCAUCAGAAUUUCCUUUUGUAAAAUUAAUUUCUCCUGAAAGCAUGGUUGGAUAUUCCGAAUCAUCUAAGAUGAGCGCGAUUAACAAGAUCUUUAACGAUUCUUACAAAUCUCCUUUGAGUGUGAUUGUUGUGGAUAACAUCGAAAGAUUGCUUGAUUGGGUUCCCAUUGGUCCCCGGUUUUCAAAUUUCGUUUUGCAAACUCUAUUAGUUUUGCUUAAGAAGCGACCACCAAAGGAUCGACGACUUCUAAUUUUAGCUACCACCAAUGAAAAAUCAGUUAUUGAACAGAUGGGCAUGUCUGACUGUUUUAAUUCAGAGAUAUACGUGCCAAAUAUCACCGAUCUAAGUUCUAUUGAUGUUGUACUUCGGGAGUUGUCACUAUUCAAUGAAGACGAGAGGUCUAGGGUUCUUGAUAAAUUGGCGGGUCAGGUUGAAUUGAAGAUCGGUAUUAAAAAGCUUUUGAUGAUAAUUGAGAUGUGUCGACAGGAUGUUGAUAAAGUUGAAAAGUUUACUAACACUAUCCUUAAGACAUACCGAAAAUCUGAUUUGGAUAACCUUGAAAUUGAAUUUGACUAA